AUGCAGAAGGUCCCUAUUGCAGUCAGCACCUAUAUGAUGCACAACAAACAAGAGAAAUCAGAAUUGCCAGCCUGGUGCAGUCCCCGGAGGAACUGGUCAUUGUGGAAUCUAAGACAGUUUCGAGAUGAGUUCUUGAGGAGAUCGGCUGCAGAACACGUUCAUGUGGGAGAUCCUUGUGUUGUUUGUGCUUUAUAUGAUAUUUUUACGGUUCUGAGUACUGCAUCUGCUGAUACACAAAGGGAACCUGUUGUCCCUACUUCGUUGAGCCUGAGGAUAGCUCUAAGCAAUUUCUGUGGAAUGGAGUCCAGACAUCUGAAGUACACUUCAUUCUUUCAUAAUAUAAAUGCAAGCGCCCUCCGAACAAUGAAGGUUAUGUUUCCCAGAAGCUCCUUUGAUGAACUUUUAAAUUUUGUAGAGAUGCAUCAUCAGUUAGCUUGUGAUUCUGAGUCUGGUGGCUGUGGUCAGACUCAGCCCAACCAUAUCCAUCACUUUCUUUCCAAGCCGCCAUAUGUUUUUACCACAGCCCUAAACAAGGUUUUGAAAUCCGGAUCAGUCCUUGAACCUGAAAAUCCUUCGGUUCACGAUUUAAAUGGUAAAUCGGGGUCAAAACCGGAUUCGACUGGUCUUCUUUAUUUAUUUAUUUAUUUAAUUUUGUCUGAUCACGAGCAUGAAAAGUGGAUCAUGUAUGACGAUAAGACUGUCAAGGUUGUUGUUGGCUGGACCAAUGUUCUUACCGUGUGCCAAAGAGGGCACUUACAACCUCAGGGUCUGUUCUUUGAAGCUGUUCAUGAGAAAUAG